AUGGUUCAGUACAGCACACCAAAGAGAGUCAUCGCCACAACUCUAUUUUUCAUCCUUCUUACAUUACAGGCAUUCAUUGGACACCGCUACUAUGACGCCGAUACAGCCGUCACGUCUAGUGGGUAUCCCUCUGAUACAUCGUUGAACCUCACUGCCGCCGUAAAGCCGCAUAGUCCAGAUGCCACAGCUGACAAUGAGUAUCUGCGCUACAUCCCACACAGCACCAUAGAGAUGUGGAGGGAGCGUGACUACCUCAUUGUGUUUGGCAUCCCAUCUGUGGAUAUAUCUACGAGACGGAGACGCCGUGAUCUGCAGCGGACCACGUGCUGGCAGUUCCCCGGUGUUGCACGGAGGGCGAAUAACUUCACUGGUGCCAUGUUGGUGCUGUAUGUACUUGCACGGCACCCAUCACACGGCUACAAGCAUUCUGCUGCAUUAGUGGAUGAGGCUGAUGAGUAUCACGAUAUCAUUACACUGCCGAUGAAUGAUGCUCUGCCAACAACGAAGAAAACAAUUGGUGGUGGUGGAUUUUGGGGUACCGAGGCUGAGAUUAGCAUGAGCCGAAAAACGUACUUUUGGCUUGAGUUGGCACUGCGAGUAUUCCCGAAUGUGAACUACAUUGCGAAGGGAGACGAUGACAUGUUCCUGCGAGUACCACAGUUCCUGGCUGAUUUACACACACUACCCAGGCGAAGGGUGUAUUGGGGAAUGCCUCUGGGUUGGAGUGUGCGGAAACGCAGAAUUAACUACCGUUUUCGAUAUGCUGCUGGAAUGUGCUAUACCCUCUCAAGGGAUGUGGUACAGCAGUUUGUUUCUUACAAACCACUCCAACGUCUCGUAGAGAUGCCGUACAGUAAAAUGCGUGAACCGAAGUUUCUCUCACUUAAUAUGCAAGAUGAGGAUAAAGUGGUUGGUCAGGUGCUGCGUGUUGAGCAACGUCACCAUCACUCUAUUUUCGUCGGUGCUGCACCGUGCAGCUUUCACGAUAUUCUUAACGACACUGGGCACUAUUCUGUCACAUGGAGGUCUGUUGUUAUUCACCACUUGCGCGAGGAUGACUAUGGGAAGCUGAUGGAGCGGUUUGGCAACGACACGACACAUAGCUCUAGACUGGAAAUGGUGCGUGGUCGUGGAUAUAUUCAGUUUGUUUGUUAG